CAAAAGACGUUUCAAUAUACUUUCUUUUUUCUCCUUCCCUUCCAUUGCAUCUUCCGUCUUGUCUUUUCACUGCCUUUGCUUUCUUGCUUGCUUGCUUACUACUCUAAACCCGUGAUAGAAGUAUCCGGGUGUUCCACUCCUUUUCCACAACCAUAACUCUAACCUAAAACAUCCCCUUCUAUGAGUUCAUCAUGUUACCUGUCAUGAACCGCUUCGCACGCAUCGCGCUAGCCGUGAUUGCUGUGCUCUUCGUCUUCGCUAUAUUGGUGUCUUACCAGGCGCCCGAGAGCUUUAAGGAUCAUUUACCAAGCGCAGACUGGCACUGGCCUUCGAAAGGCGACAAUGCCACUAUCGACGAGCCCCCAAAGCCUACCGACGCCGCUGGUGCCGUGGGCGCUGGAGAGGAGGACACAGAGUUGGACAAGGACCCUAACACAGACAUCUCCUACGAUUUGACCCGGGCACCUACACCGGGUUGCGAGAAUAUCGUCAACGAUCUUCAGCAGCGUCUUAUUCAUGCGUACCAGAAGAGGUUCGCGGGAAUUCGCUAUGCCAACAUCUGGGGCUAUCUCGAAACGGAGAACAAGGGUGAUGCUGCUAUUUGGUCCGCACAGCAGAUUCUGCUGAGUAUCCUUGGAAUCGAGACUAUGGAAGCCUGCCGCUUCAUGUACAAGGACUGCGACAUUGAAAAGUUCCGCAGAAAGCUGGAGGAGCACCGCCCACACUCUGGUAUCAUCAUGGCUGGUGGUGGUAACUUCAACGAUUAUUACUGGGAGGACCAACCUUCGCGCAUGAACAUGAUUGAGAACUUCAUCAACGUCUCCAUCCGAGCUUUCCCUCAGAGUAUCUACAUGACCAACCCCGAAAGGAUUGAGAAGACCAGGAAGUCUUUCACCAAGCACCACGAUUUACAGUUGGCUGCUCGUGACAAGCCCAGCUAUGACUGGCUCAUGGACAACUUUGGAGAGACUCAGGGUAUUCAGAGUGAUCUUGUUCCUGAUAUUGCUUUCAUGUGGGGUAACCGAUCUGACUUCCGACUCAACACCAAGAAGACUCACGAUAUUCUGAUUCUCGCCCGAAAGGAUGCCGAGAUCUCUGAUGGUGACUCUGCAGGCAUUGAGUUUGGCGAGGGCAAGGUCGACCUGGGUGGCAGCAUCGGCAACGUAACAUACAACAAGGUCGACUGGAAGUUCACCAAGACCCCUUCGAUCGACGACGACGCCCAGCGCGAGGAGGGUAAGAACCAGCGAGCGUGGGCCAAGUCGAUGGCAGGUUUCGAGCUCUUGGGCUCUGCCCAUUUCGUCAUCACCGACCGUCUCCACGGUCACAUUCUAUCGACAGUUAUCGGCGUACCACACGUGCUGAUGGAUAGCAAAUUGGGUAAGAACCUCAACUUCCACAACACAUGGACGCGCGACUGCGGCUGCACAAAGAUCACAAAGAGCAUCGACUCUGCGUUUGAUGUGGCGCGCAUGUACUUUGAGCAGGAGGUCAAGGAUGGCCUCAGGGCUGUUGACCAACCCAAGCCCAAGUCAUUACCUACACCUACUCCCCAGGCUGAGACUGGCUCAUCAUGAUGAACUGGCUAGCAGCCAGAUAUAAUGUUUUCCUUACUACCCAGGAUUGGCGGGUUUAUUAUUACCAAUUGUGUUUUUCUGCUUAGAGUCGAAUGGUUGUCCCGAGCCGGCUGGGGGAUAUUCUGCUAUUCUGAUGGGAGACACAUAACACACAUACAUACCGACAUGUCGCCCAUCUCGUCAUGAUGGAGCAGGCCUAUCUUGUUGGGGGCACUGAAUGGGGAACGGAACAGGGGAUACCAUGCACGGCGCUACCAUUUUGUCUCUAAUUUCGUCACCGCAUCUUAGACUUUUUACUCGUCUCUUCAUAGUAAUGUCUUUGCCUGUCUCGAGAAAAGUCGGGACAGAGCAAAAAAAGAAAAUAGCAUACAAUGCGCCUCGCGUUUCGUUGCGAGCUGUACAAUAACGAAACCCAGAAUAAAACAGUCAUCACCUC